AUGAGCAAAGAUGACCAAAACGACCACUCUUCAGUUCCCGAUGCCACCACUGGAACCACACCGUCAGCCCCCAUUCCCAAUAUGCCUUACAGCAUCUUUGACAAAAGACAAAAAGCAUUAAUCGUGGCCAUCGUUUCGAUAGCCGCAACCUUCUCGGGAUUUGCAUCGAAUAUUUACUUUCCUGCCCUUCCGACGAUUGCAGCCGAUAUCUCUGUGUCCAUCGAGCUCAUCAACCUCACAGUGACCUCGUACCUCAUCUUCCAAGGCAUAGCACCCAGUCUGUGGGGCCCGAUUUCCGAUGUCAAGGGACGUCGGAUUGCGUACUGCUGUACCUUUCUCGUAUUUCUGGGUGCAUGCAUCGGCCUGGCAGAAGCGAAGAAUUAUGCCACCUUGAUCGUCCUGAGAUGUUUGCAAAGCACCGGGAGUGCAAGCACGAUUGCUAUAGGGUCAGGUGUGAUCGGAGACAUCACCACGCGAAGCGACCGGGGCGGCUUCAUGGGGGUCUUCCAAGCGGGACUGCUGGUGCCUGUGGCUGUGGGCCCGGUGAUCGGAGGCGCUCUGGCUGGGUCUUUAGGAUGGAGAGCAAUCUUUUGGUUUUUGAGCAUCUACAGUGGUGUCUUCCUGUUGCUGUUGAUCCUCCUACUUCCAGAGACUCUGAGAUCGCUCGUCGCAAAUGGGAGCCGCAUGCCAUCGAAUCCCGUGGCAAGAUAUCCGUUGUACUUUUACCAACGAACCACCACGCUCACGUCGGAUCCAGGAUCUGUUCCGCCGCCUCCCCCGGCGAGAAAACCCAUCGAUCUUAGAGGACCCUUCCGCAUCCUCAUUAGCAAACAAGCAGCCCCCAUCAUCGUCUCCCUGGCCAUCUAUUAUGCGGUUUGGCAAAUGAGCAUCACGGCCAUGUCCACCCUUUUCAAAACCCGCUACGGCCUUGGUGAGACCCAAAUUGGUCUGACCUUCAUUGCCAACGGGGUAGGCUCCAUGAUCGGCACGCUCAUCACAGGUAAAAUCCUCGAUGCCGACUACCGCCGCGUCAAGGCCAAAAGUGAGACGCGGUCAACCCGAGGCAGUCUCAGUAGCAACCACGACGUCUCCGUCUCGACGGCCUCCUCUAACGACGAAUUCCCGCUCGAGGUCGCCCGCCUCCGUCUCGUCCCCAUAUUUGCUCUUCUGCAAUGCAUAUCCAUUCUCCUCUUUGGAUGGACUAUCCAAUAUCCCAAUCACGUCAAUAUUGCUGUCCCCAUCGUGUCCACAUUCAUCACUGGUUGGACCACCAUCUCGACGCAGUCGGUGAUCAUGACGUACCUUGUCGAUGUCUUUUCUGAUCGAAGCGCCGCCGCAAGUGCGAGUCUUAAUCUCGCGCGGUGUUUAUUCGCGGCAGGCGGGUCUAGCAUUGUGAUGCCGAUGGUGAAUGACAUCGGAGUCGGGUGGGCAUUUACGGUCUGUGUUGCGGCGCAGGUUGUGGCGUUGCUGGGUAUAGGCGUGCAGUGGAGAUACGGUGGUACCUGGCGAAGAGAGGCCGAGGAAAAGAAAAAAAAUGAAAAAGCGAGAGAUAAGGGAUGA